UUUCUUUCAAUAUCGAAAUGUUGGAAGAAGAAAAAAUUAAUUUGCCAAUAAUAGCAUAUCAAGCUGACUUUGAAGAAAAAACUGGAUAUGCUUGUUUAACAGUCUUCUUUACAGUAAAUGCUUCUGUACCAUAUUUUAUUCAUCAAAUUAAUAUAUUAGAUAAAUCACUUAAGGAUGAUGUAAUAUAUUUAAUGGCUGCUGAUGGAAAAAAUCUUACAUAUGAUACAAAUGAAAAUCAAUAUAUUUAUGUGAAUAACUCUACAGGUGCAAUACAUUUACUAGACAAUGCAUCUUCACUACCCAAAUCUUUUUCUGUUGAUUUUACAGUCAAAACUCAAUUUUUGCAUUUGUCUAAUAAUUUUCAGGGGAAUUUUAGAGUUGUUCCAAGAGAAUACAAGAAAUCUUUAUUUAAAAAAUCCAUUUAUAACAUAGAGCUUUCGAAGAAUAGUCAUAAAAAUGAUUACUUGUUUGAGAUGAGUGAUGAAAUUUUGGAUAAAAAUAUUCAUUUAAAUCUUUCAGGUGAAGAUGUACAAUAUUUUGAUCUUUUAUACAAGAAUGAUAAAAUAAUAAUAGUUCUCAAUGAGGAUUUUCCUGUAGAAAGAGANACUCUUAUAUUUCUGAUAGGCAAUAUAUGGCUCCUGUCAUGUUAA